CUUUCCUUCAGCUAUUCUAUCAGACUUCUUGCCAUUGGGUCUUUUGUCUCCAGUCUUGCGCCUUAUACCAACAAGUCUUUGACAGACUUCGACUGUUCGUAUUGGAUCCGCUAUCGUCCUUCCCUCAUACGCAGUUAGGAUCAUCAUGUCUCGCUAUUCGUAUUACAAUGUUCAACCUAUGCUUUCCAACACUUCGGUUCAUUGGGCCUUAUCGGGUAAACAUCCAAGUCGAGAUCUGGAUUAUGCUAAAGGAGUCUUGAGAUCGUAUAUCGAUGUCAAACGACAAAGAGGGCGGAUGGGUACUGAGAUCAGCUAUAAGCUGGAAGUUUUGGAAGAAGAGCUUCCUCAAUGGGCAGAGGCCUUUCGAAUAGUCAGACAACAAUAUGGUCUUCCCCCCUCUCGUGUUCUCCGAACUCCACAACCCACUGCCGCUCGACGUCCCACUUCCACCUCUGCCCUCCCUAGCAUCUCAAGAAUCUCAUCACAACCUUCCACCCGUCCUUCAGGCUCGAGGGUAACAUCUACGUCUGACUCAACUCGUUUGGGCGUACCAGCAGCUGGAGGUCUCAUCCAUCGGGUAUCUACAGUUUCGGGUUCUACUCAUACAUCCACACAACGACCCACUCAGACAGAAGAUGAAGAAGGUGCUCCUCCACCACCUUAUACCCCGAGAGAUCCAGAACCUGAACAAACGAUGAUGUUGG